CUGUUUUUCAUUCCAUUCCUUUAUAAGCCUCCCCUCCAUCCUUCCAUUCACCUCUCCGUUCCGUUCUGUGAUAUCGUUAAAAUCGACGGUACCGUUACAAUUCAACAAUCGUACGGUGAAAAGAUAGAGAUUGAUAGAUCCAGGGGGCGGAUUCGAUCCGGUGUGAUGGCGUCCAUGGUAACGAAUCCAGUGACGAACUCGAAUUCUGAUCGGAGCAGGAGGAAAAAGAAGAAACCAAUGAUGAAAGACAAUCAAACGAACCGUAACCAGCCCCAGAUAACCAGAUGGAAAUCAGAGGCGCAGCAGCAAAUCUAUUCCUCCAAGCUUCUUCAAGCCUUGAGCCAGGUCAGUCUCGACGCUCUUUCUUUUUCAGCUCCGCGCGGUGGCCGAGCCGUCCGUGAAGCUGCCGAUAGAGCCUUGGCCGUUGCUGCUAAAGGGAGAACAAGGUGGAGCCGGGCCAUUUUGACGAGCCGGCUUAAGCUGAAAUUCAGGAAGCAGAAGAGACAGAGAGGAUCCGCCGGGUGUAGCCGGCCGAAGAAACCGAUAUUUAGCGUUUCGAAAUUGCAUGCCAAAAGCUUACCGGCUGUUCAAAGAAAAGUCAAGGUUCUUGGCCGGUUGGUUCCCGGUUGCCGGAAGCAACCGUUACCUGUUAUUCUUGAAGAAGCGACUGAUUAUAUAGCUGCGCUUGAAAUGCAGGUUCGAGCCAUGACAACUCUGGCCGAGCUGUUAUCUGGCUCCGGAGCGACCACCUCUGGCUCAGCUCCUUCGCCGCCUCCGAAUAGUCAGUAACACUUUUUCAUUUUGCUUAGCUGGGGAGUCAUCUUCAUCUCCCUUUUAAUUUCAUUAUCUCGCCCCUUGCCCCUCUUUCUCUCUUAAGCAACCAUCUCUCCUGUUAAAUACUUGUCUUCUUUAUCUCCUAUUUUCAUUUUAUCAAACAGGAAGUAGCAGGAACUUCCCUGAA